AAACUGGCCCUUUCUUCGGUGGGAUGAAGCAUGUAAGGCAUUUCACUCCAUUGUUAGUUCUCUGUUCAAUGCAUGUUUGCCUGGUUCAUGCAAAUUAUGCCCCCUAUUUCUUUGAUAAUGGACCAAGCAGCACAAAUGGGAACAUGGCACUUCUCAGCCUUUCAGAGGACACAUCUGUUGGUACACAUGUGUAUACUCUGAAUGGAACUGACCCAGAAGGAGAUCCUGUAACCUAUGGAAUUAAAUUUGAAGCAGGGUUAAGACGAUACUUUGCCAUUGAUGUGAACUUUGGGAAUGUCACAUUGAUUGAAGAACUUGAUAGAGAGAAAGAAGAUGAAAUCGAAGUAAUAGUCAGUAUUUCAGAUGGCAUAAAUAUAGUUGAUGAAAAAGUCAGAAUCCUUAUAACAGAUGCCAACGAUGAGAGCCCAGAGUUCGUCAACACACCCUACAUAGUCCAUGUCCCAGAGGACACUCCCUCAGGGAGUAGCAUCCUCAAGACUGAAGCAGUGGACAGAGAUACAGGUUCUGGAGGAAGCAUCAACUACUUUUUACAGAACAUCCAUACUAAUAAAUUUACAAUUGACCGGCACAGUGGUGUUCUUCGCAUCAAAAGAGGGGUUACCCUGGACUAUGAAAAAUCAAGGACUCAUUUUGUUACCGUUGUUGCAAAGGAUGGUGGUGGGAAGCUCCGAGGAAACAACAAGGUGUUUUCAGCAACAACUACAGUUACUAUCAAUGUGGAAGAUGUUCAAGAUACCCCUCCCAUGUUCAUUGGGACUCCCUACUAUGGAUAUGUCUAUGAGGAUACCCUGGCCGGCUCUGAGGUACUAACUGUUAUUGCUCUUGACGGUGACAGAGGAAAGCCUAACAAUAUUCAUUACAGUCUUGUGAACGGAAGUGAAAGCUCAUUUGACAUCAAUAAUGCAACUGGAGCCAUUUCUGUUAUAAAAAGCCCUAAUCAACUGAAGAAAGAGGUAUAUGAGCUAAAAAUUCAGGCAUCAGAACUCAGCGCGGAGGGCAAUGUGUCAGUGUAUGCUUUUGCCACAGUGAUUAUAAGAAUUGUUGACCUCAACAAUCAUCCACCAACAUUCUAUGGAGAAAAUGGGCCCCAGAACCGGUUUGAACUGACUAUGUAUGAACACCCACCAGAGGGUGAGAUCCUAAGGGGGCUGAAAAUUACAGUCAAUGAUUCAGAUCAGGGGGCAAAUGCUAAAUUCAACCUCCGACUUGUUGGACCUGGUGGCAUAUUCAGAGUCGUUCCCCAAACUGUCCUGAAUGAAGCUCAAGUUACAGUAAUAGUGGAAAACUCUGCAGCCAUAGACUAUGAGCAGUUUCAGAUGUUAUCCUUUAAGCUUCUUGCUAUAGAGGUGAACACUCCUGAGAAGUUCAGCUCAACAGCGGAUAUAGUCAUACGUCUGUUGGACACCAAUGACAAUGUUCCAAAGUUCUCAUCUGACUAUUAUAUUGCCAGGAUUCCUGAGAAUUCCCCAGGAGGUUCCAAUGUAGUGGCUGUAACUGCUACAGAUCCAGAUUCAGGACUUUGGGGAGAAGUCAAAUACUCCAUAUAUGGAACAGGCACUGAUCUAUUUCUGAUCCACCCAUCAACAGGUAUUAUUUAUACCCAGCCAUGGGCUGUAUUAGAUGCUGAAGUCAGCUCAAAGUACAACUUCUAUGUAAAGGCAGAAGACACAGAGGGGAAGUACAGCUUGGCUGAGGUAUUUAUUACGGUGCUAGAUGUCAAUGAUCACCCACCAGAAUUCAGUGACAACAUCCAGGAAAAGACUAUGAUCAUUGGGUCUCCAGUGAAGAUAGAGGCUGUAGAUCAAGAUGCAGAAGAACCCAACAACAUUGUGGACUACUCUAUUAUGCAAGCAGAUCCAGCCAAUGUAUUUGACAUAGACCAAAGCACUGGGGAGAUAAAGCUGAAGUCAUAUAUCAGAUCCCUGGAUAUCAUCCACAACAUCACAAAGAACAAAGACUGUAUAUGGUCCCUGAUAGUCCAAGCCAAAGACCGGGGUUCCCCUUCAUUUAGCACUACUGCAGUACUGAAGAUUGAUAUCACAGAGGAGACUCUUCACAAAGGGCCUAUGGCAGCCUUUUUGAUGCAAACUAAAGAUAACCCCAUGAAAGCCUUAGGAGUGCUAGCUGGUGUCAUGGGCAUAAUGGUGAUGAUCACAAUCAUAAUCUCUACUGUCAUGUUCUGGCGCAAUAAGAGGUCCAACAAAAUCAUGCCGGUAAGACGGAUCAUAAGAAAGAGACAGACGCAGCAGACUAGGGCAGUUAGGAUGGAGUGGCUGAAAUUCAAAAGGCCCAGCACCGCUGCAGAGAAGUUUGCCAUUGAAGAUGACACAAAGAGCCUGAAGAAUGAAAACAGCAACAAUAACAUCCAAAUUCCUUCUCUACUGCCUAGUGCCCCAAGCCCACCCCCACCGCCAAUCCCACUUCUAGCACCUAAGAACAGCACUGAAUGGAAAGUGCCGACAGUAUCAGGUUCCCUGACUCCCAUGUUUAUAAACAAGCAAUUGAAGAAGGGUCACAGCAGUGCCCACAAUGCCCUAGUGUCAGAGCUCAAACAGAAGUUUGAAAAAAGGAAUGCAGGCAGCAACACCCGUCACCUCUAAUGAAUCCUCAUCCACCAUACGGGAGGAUCACAUAUCACUGCAGUACAUGGAUAUAGUUACUUGGUGUGAUUAAUCUUUCCAAGUUCUAUCAAUACACAAUGAACUGCACCCCAAGCUACAAUCAUUAGUUACUUUGUGCAAGUAUUACACCCUAAUCUAUUUUGCAAUUGAAUCAUUUCAUCUAUAGUAUAUAAUAAUAUUGGUAUCAAGUCAUUUCCUAGAAUUUCACCCAGAUCUUUUAUAAAUGGUGGUUUCCUCCUAAGGUGCUAAUUGUCCUUGUCUUUAAGCUAAUGUUUUCAGAAGUGGCCAGUGAUUUAUGAUGUUGCAGUUUUAGGAGUUUCCAAUGUAAACUUCUUUCCAGAGACUUGUUUUUUAAAGGUGCCAUUCACCCAAAAUUUCAGCUGAUGUUCAUUCUCAUCCAUUACAUAAAACAGAUCCAAGGUGCCUAAAAUUGGGCGUUUAAAAUUCCAGGACACUUUUGUAAAUAUUGCCAUUAUUGUAGAAACACCAGUGUAACAACUAUAAGGGUUAUUUUCUGAAGCAGAUAAAUUGUGAUUCUCCAAGUAGGUAGAUCAUAAAUGGGCUCUCGUGUUCAGAGGUUGUUUGCUGUUAUGUUUUGCAACAGCUUGUGUGCUUAGGACACCUAAGUAUCUUUGAUUCCAAGUGCAAAGCACAGAAACUUUGAGAAGUUUUUCAUUGUCAUGCAGUUUAUGCUGGCUUUUGUCAGAGUACAUUUAACAUAAUGUUUUCCUCCAUUACCAAACCAUGCAUGCCUGCCAAGAAGAACAGAAAAAGCUUACUUAUUCUUUUUCAAACAUAGCUGGUGAUGCAACACCAUCACAAGGUGGAGCUAACAGUCCCUUCAGAUAACACAUCUGCCAACAGUGGAAAAUAAGGAAGGAGAAUGAACCUUUAAAAUUGAGGGGAAAAUGCUCCUGAAAAAAUGAGAGCAGAAUCUUGGAAGCAGGAUACACCAGGCAGACAAGAUGGUGUCUGAAAUAAUUGAGGUGUGGGGAUGGUUGUUAAAGAAAAUGAUUUUUUCAUUUAAAUUUCUAUUUUAAUCCUAAAAUGUUAGAGUUAUGCUAUGCUAGCAUUGCUAGUGUUUGCAACUUAGUGGUUUUUUUCUGUACUUUGUAGCGUGGCAAUAAUAGUAGUAUUGGGCAUUGAUACGUGUUUCACAUGGUCUACUAUAGGGUCCUCUUCUGCCAUUAUUGUUAAACAAAAUCUCUCUUAUUUGUUCUGAGGUGGAUAAUACCAAUUAACAAGCAAGUGAGUAAAAUGCUUCUUUGCAUCUCAUGGAAUAAGUAUUGGAAGAAAUUUAAAGCUUGACUCACUGAUACAAUCUGGCCUAUUUAUACCACACAAGUAAAGCAAACAAUGGAAGUCUGGUUUAAUUAGCUAGGUAAGCCAGGUUAAGAGCUGCUUUGCAUGCCACAGAAUAGGCCCCCUUGUUUCUUCAGGGGCAAGGAGAAGAUUGAACAUUUUAAUAUGUCAUCCUCUGGAAGAGCCACUGUGCUGUGGUACUUCAGUGUUUAUAACAUUGCCCUGCUACAUGUGUGGGUAAAGGCACGCUGGGAUGUAAUGCACAAUCCACACAAAUCCUGCCACAAAACAUAUGCAAGGCA